GUAAAACGUCACGAAAAGAAAUUGAAAAUGCUUAAGAGAUUGUGGUUAAUGUGUUAAAAAUAAAGUCGUUUAAUUAAUGAGUGGAGUUAAUGACGAAUUCUCUAGGUGAGAAAAGCAAAAAGGGGAAGUUUCGUUUCCUACAAUCUAAUCCAACGGUUGUGAUACUUUCUUUACAUCCAAUCGUCCAUUGAGCUGACUCAGUCUCGCUUGGCUUCUUCUCUAUUUAAACUGCUCUGUCUCUUACUCUGCUCUUCCUCUUUAGCGUUUACACAGCCACAAAUUCCUCAAUACUCUAUAUUUCUCUUCCCGUUUGAAACUCCAAAGCUUGUUUGAUGAAAACAGAGUAAACGGUUCUGUUCAAAACAUUUUUCAAGCUCUGUUACUUUGUUUUUUCAACGAUGAGGAAGUUAAGAGGAAUCAAAAUUAGAAGACCGAUUAAACAAAUCUCAAGAUGGAUCCUCCGGAGAAUUAAGAUUCGUCGUUCAAGAUACACCCGGUUAAGCCCAAACCGCCCGGUUUGCAAGCCGAGAGCCAUCACAAAACUCAUAAGUUGGGGUCGAAGUCUCACAUCCCACAGCGCCAGGUUUAUUGGGUCUAAAUGCUCCAAUUCAGGGUACAUACCAAUUGGUCAAGAACCCAUUCGAGAAAAGCCCGACCCGGUUCCGAAAGGUCACUCGGCGGUUUACAUCGGUAAAAAAGACGGCGACUUUCAGAGAGUUUUGGUGCCUAUCGUUUACUUUAACCAUCCUCUGUUUGGUGAGCUUCUUAGAGAGGCUGAAGAAGAAUUUGGGUUUUCUCAAGAAGGUGGAAUCACUAUCCCUUGUCCUUACUCAGAUUUCAAACGGGUCCAAACCCGAAUUGAAUCCGGGUCGGGUUUCUGUAAAUUUCCCUGGAGCCGGCGGUGGCAAUAACGACGGUGGAAGAAGAUGAUGAUGAUGAAAAAGUUCUUUAACUCUUUUUUACUAUUUUCUACCUUUUCACUUUUGUUACUAUUUUUACCCUUUUGUUAGAUAUGUACAUAUUCUGUAUGUGAAAAGUGAGGUUUGAAUUUAGGCGAUAAUGUAAAUAAUAUAGAGAUUUUUUAUUUUUCAUGAUUGUUUUUGGUAUGAUUAUAUGAUUGUGAAUUUCUGAUUAGGAUAGUGAUUUAAAGGUGAAUUAUGAAAAUGAUAAAACGCAAAGAAAAGUUUAAC